AGGAUGUGGCUAGCUGCCAUCCAGGCUGCUAUCACAAAAGAAUAGAAUAGGUCCAACUUUUACUCCUACCACAAACUCACCCUAAUUGUUAGGGUGGCCAGAGGACGAGCCAGAGGAGAGCCCCUCCGUGGGAGUUCAGCAAGGCUCCUCCCGGAAGCUUGGGGACCUCACUGCCCACAUGCCCCGCCUUUUCCUCCUCUUGCUCCCCACCCCCCAUGUGGGCGUAGUCAGGCCAGCUCCAGGUCCGCAGAGCAGUGGGGAUGAUGGCUCCUUAGCUGGAACCCACGGAUCCGACGAUGGGCUGCUCCUGCCCGCUGCUGCUGUGGCUGGGAGCUGCCGGAACUAUUCUUUGCUCCAACUCAGAGUUCCAGGCACCUUUGCUAACAUCCUCGCCCUUGCCGGUGCUAGUCUCCAAUUCCCAGGAGCAGAAAGUCACCCCCACGCCCAGUAGAUUGGAGCCAGUUUCCCUCCCAAAUCCUCUAGGCGCACGGGGUCCUUGGGUGUUCAGCACCUGUGGCGCCAGCGGCCGGCGGGGGCCCACACAAACACAGUGCGACGGGGCAUACACAGGAAGCAGCGUGGCGGUGACCGUGGGAGCUGCUGGGCCGCUGCAAGGCGUGCAGCUGUGGCGGGCGCCAGACACCGGCCAGUAUCUGAUCUCCGCCUACGGAGCCGCGGGCGGCAAAGGCGCCAGAAACCACCUGUCCCGGGCGCACGGCAUCUUCCUCUCGGCGGUCUUCUUCCUCAGCCGAGGGGAGCCGUUGUACAUCCUUGUGGGGCAGCAGGGCGAGGACGCCUGUCCCGGAGGCAGCCCUGAGAGCCAGCUCGUCUGUCUGGGAGAGUCUUGGGCCACCGGAGAGCAUGCGGCAACAGAUGGGACCGGAAGGGUCCCAGGCUGGAGACGCUGGGCCGGCGGGGGCGGGGGUGGCGGGGGUGCCACCUACAUCUUCCGGCUGCGCGCGGGGGAGCCAGAGCCGCUGCUGGUGGCGGCGGGAGGCGGCGGGAGGGGCUACUGGAGGCGACCCGACCGAGGCCGGACUCAGGCGGCCCCCGAGAAACUGGAGAACCGCGCGGCGGCGCCUGGGAGCAGCGGGAGAGGAGGCGCGGCAGGUGGUGAUACUUCAGAGUCCGACAUCCUCUGGGCUGAUGGGGAAGAUGGCGUAUCCUUUGUACACCCCAGCAGCGAGCUCUACCUGCAGCCUCUGGCAGUCACAGAGGGCCACGGGGAGGUGGAGAUCCGAAAGCAUCUCAACUGCAGUCACUGCUCAUUCAAAGACUGCCAGUGGCAGCCAGAGCUCCAGAUGGCUGAAUGCAUCUGCCCAGAGGGCAUGGAGCUGGCUGUGGAUAACGUCACUUGCAUGGACCUGCCAACCACCGCAAGCCCUCUGAUGCUGAUGGGAGCCAUCGUGGCAGCCUUGACGCUGAGCCUCCUUAUGACGUGCGGAGUCCUGAUUCUAGUGAACCAGAAGAAGUGGCAGAACCUGUGGGGGACCAGGCUGCCAGGCCCUGAGCUUGAGCUGAGCAAGCUUCGAACCUCUGCCAUCAGGACAGCCCCUAAUCCCUAUUACUGCCCGGUGGGGUUCAGCCCUGCCCAGUCCUGGCCUCUGCCCCCGGGGCUCACUGAGGUUUCCCCGGCCAACAUCACUCUACUCAGAGCCCUUGGCCAUGGUGCCUUUGGGGAGGUGUAUGAGGGACUAGUAGUUGGUCUUCCUGGGGACUCCAGCCCUCUGCAGGUGGCUAUCAAGACACUGCCAGAGCUCUGCUCCCGUCAGGACGAGUUGGACUUUCUCAUGGAGGCUCUCAUCAUCAGCAAGUUCAGCCAUCAGAACAUCGUUCGCUGUGUGGGCCUCAGCUUCCAGGCUGCCCCUCGCCUUAUUCUGCUGGAGCUGAUGUCUGGUGGGGAUAUGAAGAGUUUUCUGAGACAUAGCAGACCACACCCGGGCCAGCCAUCACUUCUGGCCAUGCAGGACCUGUUACAGCUGGCCCAGGAUAUCGCCCAGGGCUGCCACUACCUGGAGGAAAACCACUUCAUCCACAGAGACAUUGCCGCCCGUAACUGUCUGCUGAGCUGUGCCGGCCCUGGCCGAGUGGCUAAGAUUGGAGACUUUGGAAUGGCAAGAGACAUCUACCGGGCCAGUUAUUACCGUAAGGGGGGCCGGGCCUUGCUCCCCGUCAAGUGGAUGCCCCCAGAAGCUCUCCUGGAGGGCAUUUUCACAUCCAAGACAGACUCCUGGUCUUUCGGGGUACUGCUCUGGGAGAUCUUCUCACUGGGUUAUAUGCCCUACCCUGGCCAUACCAACCAGGAGGUCCUAGACCUCAUUGUCACCGGGAGCCGGAUGGACCCUCCUAGGAACUGCCCUGGGCCAGUGUACAGGAUCAUGACCCAGUUGCAGCAUCAACCUGAGCUCCGCCCUGACUUUGCCAGCAUCUUGGAGCGCCUUCAAUACUGCACUCAGGAUCCUGAUGUGCUGAAUUCACCCCUGCCAGUGGAACCAGGGCCCAUUUUAGAGGAGGAAGGGGCUUCUGGGCUGGGGAACAGGUCCUUGGAGGGUCUUAGAUCCCCACAGGCCCUGGAGCUGAGUUCAGAGAACUUGAAAAGCUGGGGAGGAGGCCUUCUUGCCUCUUGGCUGCCCUCUGGCCUCAAGGCCCUCAAAUCCAGAUGCUUCCGACCUCAGAGCAUUUGGAACCCCACCUACGGCUCUUGGACCCCAAGGGACCCCAAGGACGGAGACUCAGGCGCUGACUUCAGCAAUGGCUUCUCCUCGCAUUCCUUCCCAGGCAUCUAGAUGGGCUGUUAGUCGAGUAACCUCUGCCCUGCAGUCUAUGACCAUGCGGUCAGAUAUGUGUCAGGGCUGUCCUGGAAGCCUGGCCUCUCCACACUGGAAACCAGUCCAAACCCUCCUGGGGAAGGGCCUGGCCACUCUCUGUCUUUGGAGCCAGAGAUCACACACCCACCCACUGCAGGACUCAGUUGGGAAUCCCAGAUUGUCCUCUCCCAUAAGCAUCUUUCAUCUGGCCCAUCCCCAGUGCUGCAGAUGUUUCUAAUAAUAAUUAAAAACAAAACCACCACCACCACCACCAC